UAUAUAUGUGCUCUAUGGCAAGGAAAUUGUAGAACUAAACAAACAAUGGGGAAAGAAAAUGAGAAAGUUGUGGUUUUGGAUUUCUGGGCAAGUCCUUACGCCAUGAGGACGAAGAUUGCCUUGAGAGAGAAAGGAGUCGAGUUCGAGACUCAACAAGAAGACUUGUGGAGCAAGAGUGAGCUCUUGCUGAAAUCAAACCCUGUUCACAAGAAAGUGCCUGUCCUUAUCCACGGCGGCAAACCCGUCUCUGAAUCUCUCAUUCAGGUUCAGUACAUCGACGAGACGUGGACUGAUGCGGCUUCUUUCUUGCCCUCUGAUCCUCAAGCCAGAGCCAAUGCAAGGUUCUGGGCUGAUUUCGCCGAGAAAACGAUAUCGUUUCAAGGAGGAAGAAAGAUUUGGGGAAACAACAAAGGAGAAGAACAAGAGAAAGGCAAGAAGGAGUUUCUUGACAGCUUGAAGGUUCUUGAAGCUGAGCUUGGAGACAAGUCUUACUUCGGAGGAGAGACAUUUGGUUAUGUUGACAUCGCUCUUGUCCCAUUCUACAGUUGGUUCUAUGCACUCGAGAAAUGUGGUGAUUUUUCUGUGGAAGCUGAGUGUCCUAAGAUCGUGGCUUGGGGAAAGAGAUGUGUUGAACGCGACAGUGUUGCUGCUUCCUUGCCUGAAUCUGAGAAAGUUUAUCAGCAAGUGCUUAAGCUCAGACAGAUUUUCGGUGUUGAAUAAAUGCAAAAAUUGCAUUCUGAACAUCUUUGAAUCUUGUCUUUUUAUGUUUCCGUGUUGCAAGUGUUUAUUGUUGUUCUUUUGAGAAAUAAACUGGCUGUCAUUUUUUCUGGUUUAUGAUCCAUCUGUUCGAUCAAAAUGUUUUUAUCUUUAUUAGUUUUCUUCUAAUUUGCAUUUUUUUGUCUAUUUUUAUAGCGAGGAUAAAAUGUGAUUACGAAUUAUCUUGAAAAUUAAAUAGAGAAAUUCUCUAUGAUAGACAUAAAAAAAUUUUAGUAAUAAAAAAAAAGUUUAGAGUUAAGGGGUGGAGUUUAAAGUUUAAGGUUUAGGGUUUAAGGGUUUAGGGGGUUAGGGUUUAGAGUCGAGGACUGAGGUUUUGGGAUAGGAUUUCAAAAUUUUAAAAAUUAAUAAAAUUUAAAAUUAAUAAAAAAAAUUAUUUUGGUCAUUUUAGUUUUUGAGGUCUAUUUUUGUGACAAAAACUUAAAAAAGUCUAUUCGAGAGAAUUUUCCAAAUUAAUAUACCUAAUAUAAAACAAAUAGAUGGUGUAUUUAGACUAGUAGUGGUUCAUCUUCGGAGUCGUAUACAAAGUAGUAACAAACUCAUGUAAUUAUUCGAAAAGGAAAAUAACUUCUUUAAGAUCCACAAACACUCCUCAGAUGAAACAAAACAAGUACAAUUUCUACACUAAUUAAAUCACUAAAUAUUAUUUUCCAAACAUCAUUCCAAAAAGAUAUUCGUUUAUGAAAUAAGAUCUUAUAAACUCUUAAAUCUUUCCACUGGUGUUUUAUAGUGCCAAUGGCGCCAGAGUCCAAAACAUCCCCACCAAGACUAUCGAUAGGGCCGGUACCUUCUAAGAAGUACUUCAUUUACCCAAACAAACAACAUUCUCUCAUGUGACCUAUAAUCAUUAUAAUCUCUAAACAGUGUGCAACUCAUUUUCACAAUUCCAAUAUCUACAAUCACCGUUUAAGCAUGCAUGAUAAUCAUUUUCAAUUUAUACAACCUAAAUAUUAGAUGCUUUUUUCACAUCAACCAUGCAUGCAUAAAUCAACACCAAGAUUUCUCUCUAAAAUAAAGCUGACAAUAACAAAUAUUAAUGAACACAACAAUGCGAUAAAAAGUCAACAUUUGGCUUAUCAUGACUAAACAAAUAUAAUUUAGAGGAAAAAUAUGAGAAGAAAGCCGCACAAUAACAUAAAUCACUCGGAAAACAAAGAUGAGAAAAAGGUUAGGGUUCAUAUUUUCCACGCACAUUGGCUCACGGACGCUACAGAAGUGAUCGGCCUUAGCUAAGCAAUCAAAUUAAUAAAGGAAAAUAACUUGAUCAAAAUAUAAACAGAAGUCUUUAGAUUAAGAUUUGACUUAUGUAAUCAAAUUACAAUUUUGAUAUUAAUACGAUUAAUUAUUUGCUAAUCUUUAGGUAUAAGAUUUUUAAUUUAAGCUAAUUUACUUCUACGACAGUAGCUGAUUCAAUACACAUAGAGUUAGCAGGCUGGCAGUAACAGGAAACUGAUUCCGAAAAAAUGGUGGCUCGGUUUUGGAUGUAGUGGUUCCUCCUCGAUGGUGGCGGCAGAACGAUAAGGUGACGAUAGUGGUGGCUCCACAAUAACAGAUAACAACGAUGGCACGUAAUUUUAGUCUGGAGACGCUUCAUUAUUUUCUAGCUUUGUAUGAUUGUAUCUUUAAUAUAUGGUGGCUCCUCCUUAGGUAGGAAGAGACAGGUUCCUAAGCUUAACACUUCCUAGAUUUGAAGCAAGUGGACUAGGCUAGUGGUUAUUAACCAAACUGAUCCAAACCGAAGAGUUCGGUUUUUGGUAUAGCUCGGUUAGAAGGUUUCAUUCGAUUCGAGAAUUGAUUAGUUCGGUUUUCAAAAAAAAGAAGAGAGAUUAAACUAAACUAUGUUGAUAUUAACCAAAAUUCUGAACCAAACUAACCUAACUAACAAAAUCCCAAACCAAAAUAACCGAACUAACAUAAAUAACCAAAAUUAACCAAAGUUUACCAAUUUUUUAACCAAUUUAAACUGAAAUUUAACUGAAUUUAAAACCUAAAUUUGGUUAAAUUCAAUGGACUUUUGAAACCAUAUUAUUCGAAAAUCAAACCAAACCGAACCAAAUGUUUUUCGGUUCAAUUCAGCGAGAUUUUGACUAUACCGAACUAGCCAAGUUGUGAACUAACUGAUCCGAAAACCUGAUCUAACCGAAUCUACAUGCCUAAAGUGGACGCAUCGCAUUCUUAAUGAAGGAAAUUGUGAUAUUACUUUUUGUAUAUUUAUAUAAUAUUUACUUAUAACGUUUAAUCAUUUGGCUAAUUUUCUUUACACUUAGAAAUGUUCUUACCAUCUACAUCGAGAGCACACACCUUGAAGAACUUAAAGAGAGUUAUUUUAUGCAUGUUGCAUCAUGCAUGUUUAACAAUGAUAUAAGCUGAUAAAAGAUGUAUAUAAUAGGCAAAAAAUAUAUUAUAAUGUAAACCGAUACCAUGAACGAAUAGCAAAAACUGUGUCAAGUCAACUUGCCAACUAUUCUUAAAAUUGUUUGUUUAUUCGUAAAACUAUUAAAAGGGUAUAAGUGUAUAACAAACUCCAUUUUUAUUACUUUUGUUACGUAUACUACUCUCUUACAAAGUAUUGUAAUGAUAUAUCGAAUAAUAUUCAAGAAAAGAAAAAGUAACCGUCACCUUUUGAAUUUGCCAAAGCUUUUUUCUUGGGUACAUUUUUUCGUUUGCUAGCAUCUUUCAGGAAAGCUCAGCUUGUCAUUACAUCACAUCUUUUGCCAAUAAAAAUUUCUUUCGCUGAAAGAGAAAAGAACCUUUCACAUAUUAAAAUACAUUAAGUAGUGAUUAUCUACCUAUAUAUCCAUACAAAAAUGACAACCUUGUUUUAAAAGAAACGGAGUAGAAAAAUAGAAAAAUAUCAAAAAGAAGUAACAAUAAGAAUAAAAACCUUUUACCAAAAAACAAAGUAGAAGAAAAAACGAAGAUAAAAGUGCAAUUAGAGCCUGAGUAAUUUUGUUGUCUGGCCAAGAAUACCAGCAAAGUAAAAAGGCAGAAAAGAAAUAUCACAACAAAUCCACAAUUUAUGGAGCAAAAUCAACAGAUUUAUUAUGCACCUAUGGAGAAACUAAAAGUUCGCAGAACAUUGGGGGUGAUUGGUUAGGCUGUAUAAGCUGACUUUAGCUUUAAUAUUAAUUUAUAACUUUUAAAUCACCAAUCAUAUUUUAUCUUGUUUUCUAAUGUUACAACCAAAAAAUAAAAAAAUGGCUGUAAAAGUCUUAUUUUUUAAAGUCUCAUAUUUUUAGUUGUAGGAAAUAUAUUGCUGUAGCAAUCAAUUUAAAAGCUACAUCACUUACAGUUACAUAAAAAAAUCCUACAACUUAAAUUAUACAGUAAAGUUUCUACCGUUACAGUCCAACCAAUCACCCCCAAUAUUUUUUUGGUUGGGACCGAGUAUAAUAAAUAGUAUUUCAACAAAUAUCAAAAUUUGUAGAGGAUAUGUAUGAUAUAUAUAAUAUAUAUAUAUAUAUAUAUAUUUGUUUUUUCUUAACAAAAUAAGAAAAUUAAAUUUUAAACAUUAAUCUCUAAAAAUCAUUAUAAACCCUCAACUUAAAUUAUAAUCCCUAAAAUAAAUUGAAAUUCUAAAUUUAAUUAAGUUAAUACUUUCUUUCAGUUUUAAAGAAAAUAUUGAAAAAAGAAAAUAGUGAAAUAGUGAAAAAUAAACGUAUAAAAUCAUAAUAAAACAUAAAAUAUAUAAA